AUGGCGUUCAAUCUGGACUUGCGGCUCGAGUCGCGAGUAGCUGGUCGGCACGGCCACAAAUUGGCUUGUGAAGAGUCCUCCGACUGGGUUUCCUCUGCCGAUAAUGUCAAACUGCCCGGAAAUACAGACCCUAUCCAAUUUGUCACCCUCAAGAAAAUAACAGCCAGACUGCUCGAAUCGCCACAACAAAUCGACAAGUACGGCUUGCCCGUGUGCAUUGGUUCCUGUGCCAAGUAUCUGGCGCUUGGAACUGCCAGAGGACACAUUUUCGUGUUUGAUUACCAGCAGGACCUGGAGGCUGUGAUCAGCCCCGGCCACUCGGUCACGGCGUUGGCGUUUUCGCUCGACUCUGAGUCGCUUGCAUCGGGUCAUUCAAACGGCCAAGUGCACGUUUACACGCUCGCAAACCAUCAAUCCCCGGUAUUUUCGUUCGACUCCCAAGACAGCCCCAUUUCCUCGGUUUCCUUUGUUGGCAAGCGCCACUCGGCUUUGCUCAGCCUCACAGACGACGGGAACUUGGUUUACCACCAAGCUAGCCGGGUGUUUCUUGGGUUUGCAACCAAGUCCAGAACACUUGUCUCGAAUAUCCUCAGCACAGCACAAUUGCCCAUUGGCCCGCUCCCGUACCCAACAGACACGAUGGACGUGAUGGCGGUGAUGAACAGCAGUGGGAUUACCGUCUUGUCCACCAACUCGGCCGUCCAGGACCAUUUCAGAGUUGGCCGACCAAAGAUGGCUUCCAGCACCGCCACAACCGGGUGUAUAGCAUGGUACCCGGCAACGGAGACAGCGGGCCCUGUUUUAGCGUACUCGUGGGCCAACGUGCUGACGCUCGUGGACGUUGUUGCUGACGGCAUCACAAACGAACACCACGCCGAAUCCAUUCUGCUGCGGUACGAGAACAAGCGGCGACACCUGUGCCAAGAACACAUUGUGGCGGUGCACUGGCUGAACUCCAAAGUACUUAUCGUCCUGACCGCGUCGCAGCGGUUGAUCUGCUUUUCGCGCGAAACGCUAUCGAUCCUGAACGAGCAGGACGUCAUGUCCAAGCACAUCAAGUACCGGAAACUCGAGCACGCCAGGCGGGAUUUCGCAGCAGCUGCCACCGUCUACCGCAGCAAGCUGUUCGUUUUGGGCAAGUACCAGGUGUUCUUUGGCGCUCCACGGAACUGGGCUGACGAGCUGUUUGGACUGUUGCAGUCGGGACAGUACAUACAGGCAUUGGAGACCGCAUGUGCGCAAUACGAGGGGAAUUGCGACUUAAUUCUGAUCGGCCUACCAGAAGACGCUGAUGAGCGCCACAGACAAAUGAAACAGCACAUUUUGGAGAUCCUGGAUGUGUCCUCGAGCUACAUCUUCACAGAUCAGACGGUGUUGGCAUUAGACCAGGCGAAACGCAACGACACUCUCGCAUUAUUUCUCAACACGGCAUUUAAAGUUUGUGCAAGCUUAAAGACCGACCCGCUCAUUUACGACCAGCUCUACGACAAAUACAGCUCACAGGGACUCGAAGGAGUGUUUUUCAAUGUUCUGGAACGGUUCAUCUUUAGAGAGGAGAUCGUGAUCCUGCCUCCUGCUGUGCUACGCAAAAUGGUGGCACGGUACAUUUCUGAUGAACGGGGCGAGGUUCUGGAGGAUCUGAUUUGUUUACUGGAUCUCACGCAAUUGGAUCUCGAUCUUACUAUCACCCUGUGUCGUGAGCAUCAUCUGAACGACUGUCUGGUGUUCAUUUGGAACACCAUGAUGGAAGACUACAUUUCGCCAAUGUUUGACGCUAUUCGCGCAAUUAAGACCAACAGUUCCGCACAGUACUACGAGUACAUUUAUCCAUACAUCUCGUACACAUUGACAGGACGUCAGUACCCAACAGAAAAGCCAAUAUACUACAAACAGCUGGAGACUGCUAAGAAGAACCUAUACUACGUUCUUUUCAACGGGGCGGCUGUUUCGUGGCCCAAAGGGUCUGCAAAAUUGCACAUAGUGUCGGACGACCAGGUCGACGAUGAGCCUGCAUUCCCGUAUCUCGUGCUGCUGCUGAAACAGGACGGGGCGCGGUUUUUCAGGGUGAUGAACGAGAUUUUCGAAGAUAUUUAUUUGAACGACGAUGAGGUGUUUGGGUUUUCGAGCAAUUUCGACACUUACGAGCUCAAGGUGAACCGGCAGUAUGUUGUCGAUGUGCUGAUGGGGAUUUUCGGAGAAAAUGAGUUUUCGCAGCUGGAGAAGACAUACUUGUCCAUUUUCAUAGCUAGGAACUAUCCAAAGUACCUGCAAUUUAUCCGGCUAUCGAAUUCAACUCUCGAGAAGGUUAUCAGAGAUCUGUGUGCGUACCCGAACGACGAACUCAAGGACGAGUGCGAGUUGAGUCUGCAGAGUCUGCUUUCUGUGUACCGGCCAAAUAACUCGAUAGUGCCGCUUCUGGAGUCUGUUGGGUUCUACAACGCGCUCGUGAGCAUCUACAACUCCGAGCACCGUGCGCUCAAGCUUCUGGAGCUGUGGUGCGAGCAGGAUAGUCGCACAGACGCUGCAGAUAUCGUGGAACGGUGUUUCCGACUCGUUGGUAGCAACCCGGGCGAGAAGCACGACAUUGAGCAGUUUCUGGCGGCGCAUUUUGCCGAGUUUUGCGUGGAACCAUGCUCCAUUGCAGUCACGUUCUCCAGACACUGUCCGGAACUCAACAGUCACGUGUUGGAGCUGGAAGACAGCCGCAAAAAAUACGAGUACUUGCGCACGCUGUUUGAGCUCAGGACGCAAGAGGAGGUGGCCACGACGCCGGCAAUGGAAUUGGAGUAUGCCGAGUGUCUUUUUGAGUUUGAUCACGAUAAAUUGAAACCGUUCGUUCUGGAGAGCACCGUUGAUGAGAAGAUGAUGCGCUUUUUGCAACAGAACGGAGAAAUAGAGACCAUCGUGGAGAUCCACCGACAACGCGGCCAGAUCGAAGACGCCGUCGACGUUGUUGUUCAGGGUCUCGUUUCGACGGCCCAGCGGUUGCAACCCGGAGACAAUUCCCAGGACCUGUGGAAAUACCUCCAUCUCGGCUUCAAAGUGAUCAAGGAGACAGACCCGACCAGAUCUACAGAGCUCCAACAGGACGAAAAGCUUUAUCUGCGGUUGCUCGAGACGUCGGUGAGCUUUUUCGUAACAGAAGAAGGUCCUUUAUUGGAUAUUUACAAACGACUAGUUCAGGACGCCUUCACGAGCUUGAUCAACAUCAAGCGCGACUACUCCGAGUCGUUUUUCCGCAUCUUCAACACUUUUCUGAGCCGGUCUUCGGCGAAACUCACCACGCUCGAAGAGGUGCGGCCCGUGCUCAGCGAAAUCUUCCAGGCAUACUCGCAUGAAAAGCUGAUCUAUGAGAUCGUUCUCAAACUCGUCAAUCACGAUAUCUUCCAGGAACUCCAUGUCCUGGACGCGAAAAGAGCAGGCGGAUGGUCGCUCGCCAACCUAGAGUGCGAGGUCUGCGGCAAGCCGAUCUGGGGUCCCAAGAUCGGGUCCCAGAUCUACGACGUCUGGCAGACAUACAAAAUAUCGGGAACGGUGCCAACGUCGCCUGAACUGCAGAUCGUGGUGUUCCAGUGUCGCCACGGCUACCACACCAAAUGUCUAAACAAUCUCGGCGUGAAUAACGAGUGCAUCCUGUGCAGAGAUCAUUGA